AGGGUUUUCUCUCAAUUUCUGCAUUCUCAUCCUCUCCAUCCAUCCGAUCUCAAACUCACUUUAUUCUCUCAAGCUCGAUUUUCCCUUUUUCUGUCCUUUGGGCACAUAUGGCUGUGUGGAGUUCAAUGGAUGACAUCGAGAUACCGCAAUAUUUCUUAUGCCCUAUAUCUCUUCAGAUCAUGAAAGACCCGGUUACAGCCAUGACGGGCAUCACCUAUGAUCGAGAAAGCAUUGAGCAGUGGUUGUUGACAGCCAAGGAUACCACUUGUCCGGUAACCAAGCAGCCUUUGGAGAGAGACUUUGUAUUGACGCCCAAUCACACACUCCGCCGCCUAAUUCAAGCAUGGUGUGCUGCCAAUGCAACGAAUGGCGUGGAUCGGAUUCCUACUCCGAAGACUCCUCUGGACAGGACCCAUGUCGUUAAACUUAUUCGCGAUCUGGGUGUUGCUCAAUUAUAUCUGAAAACAUUGCAGAAGAUGGAAGAUCUUACUAGAGAUAACGAAAGGAACAGAAACUGUAUGGCGGAUGCAGGCGCAGCGAAGGCUAUUGUUUUGUUGAUCAUAAAGUGUUUCAAGGAAAACAAGACCACCGGGGUAGAGGAAGGGCUGAGAAUCCUUCAUCUUAUUUGGAGUCCAACCUCUGAAAUGAAGCUCCUUCUAAAAGAAAACUACGAUUUCAUGGAUGCAGUAACAUGGGCUUUAGGCUGCGAGACCGACAAUUAUGUGGCUGUGAGAUCAAAUGCAGUGUUGGUUUUAAAAAAUAUAGUGGAAGUUGCCAGUCCAAAUCUUCUGGAGCGAUUAAAGUUUGAAUUCCUCAACAGACUCAUAAGGACGAUGAGGGAGAAAAUCUCUCAAGCAGCUAUGAAAGCCGCCUUGUACGUCCUAAUGGAGGUAUGCCCUUGGGGGAGAAACAAAUGGCAAAUGAUCGAAGCCGGUGCAGUGUUCCAGCUCAUCGAAAUGGAACUAGACAACCCAGAAAAGAAGAUCACAGAAAUCAUCUUCUGUCUGCUGGGUCAUCUAUGUUCCUGUGCUGAUGGGAGAGCUCAGUUUCUAGCCCAUGCGGGAAGCAUGGCCAUGCUGUCAAAAAGGAUCUUGAGGGUAUCUAACACGACUGACGAUCGAGCACUUCACAUAAUUGCAUUGAUCUCCAAGUUCUCAGGGACAAACGAAGUCCUUAUGGAGAUGCUGAGAGUUGGAGCAGUGUCGAAGCUUUGCAUGGUGCUUCAAGCAGAUUGUGCAAAGUACUUGAAAGAGAAAGCAAGGGAGAUCCUCAGGUUGCAUUCCAAGGUGUGGAACAACUCUCCUUGUAUUGCUGUUUAUCUUUUAACAAGGUACGCUAGGUAAUUAACACCACCUUUGGAUUUAAAUCCAAUUGAGUCUCUCAAUAUAUGGUUGUGCGCUGGCAAUUUUGUUUGCAUUUGUAUAUGAGAUGAGCUUUCUGUUGUAGCAACGCCACUACUUUUGACUUCGAUUUUAGCUGCUGGAGCUUUCAAUUGUAGCAUCAUUACAUACAAGUAAAUAA